GUGACGUUCCUUAUGUCUUCUCCUGAAAUUUCUUCCAUCUCAUGGGGACAAAUGAAAGUCCAAGGCUCUUCUAAAACCUAUAAGGACUGCAAGGUGUGGCCAGGAGGAAGUAGGGCUUGGGAUUGGAGAGAAACUGGAACCCAGCACUCUCCAGGUGUGCAGCCGGCAGACGUGGAGGAAGUUGUGCAGCAAGGGGUGCAGACCCUGGUGAUUGGUCGAGGGAUGAAUGAGGCACUGAAGGUUCUCCCGUCCACAGUGCAGUACCUCGAGCAACACGGCAUUGAAGUUCAGAUGCUGCAGACAGAGCAGGCAGUCAGGGCCUACAAUGCUCUGGCAGCCCAGGGCAUGCGCGUGGGAGGCGUCUUCCAUUCUACCUGCUGAUGGCACUGAAGAGGGGAAUAAAGCCCUGA